CGGGCCCCGCCCACCGGGGGCGGGGCGACGCCGUCCUUAAGUCCGAGCCCAGGGGUCCGGGCCGGAGCCCGAGGCCCGGGAGCGCGGAGACCGCUGUCUGCUUUCUUAAGGUCCCCUCCAGGUCAGUACAGCUUAGCUGUCAGUCACUGAGUGGCUGAAGACCGGCUUAAACAUCUUGAGUUUUAAAGAAGCUCGAGUGCCAGAGAAGAACUUUGAAGUGUGGAAAGAUUUCCUGUAAUUGAAACCAAAAUGUCAUUUAUAGAUCCUUAUCAGCACAUUAUAGUGGAGCACCAGUAUUCCCACAAGUUCACGGUAGUGGUGUUACGUGCCACCAAAGUGACAAAGGGGGCCUUCGGUGACAUGCUUGACACCCCGGAUCCUUAUGUGGAGCUUUUCAUCGCUACAACCCCUGACAGCAGGAAGAGAACAAGGCACUUCAAUAAUGACAUAAACCCUGUGUGGAAUGAGGCCUUUGAGUUCAUUUUGGAUCCUAACCAGGAAAAUGUUUUGGAGAUCACAUUGAUGGAUGCCAAUUAUGUCAUGGAUGAAACUCUAGGGACAGCAACGUUUCCUGUAUCUUCUAUGAAAGUGGGAGAGAAGAAAGAGGUUCCUUUCAUUUUCAACCAAGUCACCGAAAUGAUUCUGGAAAUGUCUCUUGAAGUUUGUUCAAGUCCAGACCUCCGGUUCAGCAUGGCCCUGUGUGAUCAGGAGAAAGCCUUCAGACAGCAGAGAAAGGAGAACAUAAAAGAGAACAUGAGGAAACUCUUGGGUCCAAAGAAGAGUGAAGGACUGUAUUCCACACGCGAUGUGCCUGUGGUGGCCAUAUUGGGUUCAGGUGGGGGAUUCCGAGCCAUGGUGGGAUUCUCCGGUGUGAUGAAGGCACUAUAUGAAUCAGGAAUCUUGGAUUGUGCUACCUACAUUGCUGGUCUUUCUGGCUCCACAUGGUACAUGUCCACCUUGUAUUCUCACCCCGAUUUUCCAGAGAAAGGGCCACAGGAGAUUAACGAAGAGCUAAUGAAAAACGUUAGCCACAACCCCCUCUUACUUCUCACACCGCAGAAGGUUAAAAGAUAUGUGGAGUCUUUAUGGAAGAAGAAAAGCUCUGGCCAACCUGUCACCUUUACGGAUAUCUUUGGGAUGUUAAUAGGAGAAACGCUAAUUCACAAUAGGAUGCACACCACCCUGAGCAGCCUGAAGGAAAAAGUCAGCAGUGCACAGUGCCCUCUGCCGCUCUUCACCUGCCUGCACGUCAAGCCCGACGUCUCUGAGCUCAUGUUCGCAGAUUGGGUUGAAUUUAGUCCAUAUGAGAUUGGCAUGGCUAAAUACGGUACUUUCAUGGCUCCUGACUUAUUUGGAAGCAAAUUUUUUAUGGGAACAGUUGUGAAAAAGUAUGAAGAAAACCCCUUGCAUUUCUUAAUGGGUGUCUGGGGAAGUGCCUUUUCUAUAUUGUUUAACAGAGUCUUGGGAGUGUCUGGUUCACAUAAUAAAGGUUCCACAAUGGAGGAAGAACUAGAAAAUAUAACAGCAAAGCAUAUUGUGAGUAAUGACAGCUCGGAUAGUGAUGAUGAGUCACAGGAACCCAAAGGCACGGAAAGUGAAGACGCAGAGAGAGAAUAUCAGAAUGAUCAUCAGGCAAGUUGGGUCCAUCGCAUGCUCAUGGCCUUAGUGAGUGACUCGGCGCUAUUCAACACCAGAGAAGGCCGCGCGGGCAAGGUGCACAACUUCAUGCUGGGCCUGAAUCUCAACACCUCGUACCCACUGUCUCCCCUGCGGGACUUCACACAGGAAUCCUUUGAUGAUGACGAACUGGAUGCGGCUGUGGCAGAUCCUGACGAAUUCGAGCGGAUAUAUGAGCCCUUGGAUGUGAAAAGUAAAAAGAUUCACGUCGUGGACAGCGGGCUGACGUUCAACCUGCCCUACCCUUUGAUCCUGAGACCUCAGAGAGGGGUCGAUCUCAUCAUUUCCUUUGACUUUUCUGCAAGGCCGAGUGACACUAGCCCACCCUUCAAGGAGCUUCUACUGGCAGAAAAGUGGGCUAAAAUGAACAAGCUCCCCUUUCCGAAGAUAGAUCCUUACGUGUUUGAUCGAGAGGGACUGAAGGAGUGCUACGUCUUUAAACCCAAGAAUCCUGAUGUGGAGAAAGAUUGCCCAAUUAUCAUCCACUUUGUUCUGGCCAAUAUCAACUUCAGAAAGUACAAGUCUCCAGGUGUUCCAAGAGAAACUAAGGAAGAGAAAGAAAUAGCUGACUUUGACAUUUUUGAUGACCCUGAAUCGCCGUUUUCAACCUUCAACUUCCAGUAUCCAAAUCAAGCAUUCAAAAGGCUGCAUGACCUGAUGUACUUCAACACCCUGAACAACAUAGACGUGAUAAAGGACGCCAUGGUGGAAAGCAUUGAAUACAGGAGACAGAACCCAUCUCGUUGCUCUGUUUCCCUCAGUAACGUCGAGGCGAGAAGAUUCUUCAACAAGGAGUUUCUGAGUAAACCCGCCCCGUAGGUUGUGUGCAGGAAGAGGCAGCCAUUGCUGAUCCCGAGGCUGUGGGAAGCCUCCCAAGGACCGGGCCACAGCGGGCAGCAGGGCUGCGGGACUGCCCUGGGCCGGGCAGCGUCGGCGUCACCUGGGUCGGCCGUGGGCUCAGAGGCUGAGCAGGUGGAUCGCGCUGAGGCAGACCUCGCCGCGGUUUCCCUCAGCCUAGCACCCUCCACGCCAGGGCGGCCACACGCCAGUGUUCUAAAACAUUCCUCACCCGCCUUCUGUUGCGUGCUCUUUUUCAAAGUGUGGGUUUCUUUUUAAAAUAUUUUAACAGAUAAGGCUCCUUAAAUGAGGCCUCCCAUCGUGUGCGACUGUUCCUCACUGACCAGACUUGUCCGCGCCAUGAGACAACACUAUUUUUUAUUUAUAUGUGCAUAUAUAAACAUACAUGAAAUAAAUACGUUAUAUGCAAACUC